UGUACCACAGUGUCAUAGCAACUGAUAUCAAGCAAGGCAGAGAGCUAGAUAAAGCUGUGAAUAAAGCAGACUAGAAAUUAAUAUCUGGCGGCAUACAUAGAACUUGCAGAUACCUAUUUCCGGUGCUCCUGAUAAAAGAUUAAGGAACCACAGUAGUUCCAAGAUGGCAUUAGCAAGUGGACACUGGAUUACAAAAGAAGUGAUUGGGGAUGCUCCAAGUCCGAGACACGGACAUGCAUUGGCAAUCGCGGGCAAUAUAGCAUUUGUAUUUGGAGGCUGUUCCUUUAAUGAUACGUCUGAUGAUCAGCCAGCAUAUUUCAAUGACUUCUACAUGUUGACAAUUACUUCCACUGAUUUGACAUGGGAAAAGAUACCACAUGAUGGGCAAAUUCCUUGUCCAAGAGAAGGUCAUUCACUUUGUGUAGUAAAAGGCAAGAUAUAUUUAUUUGGAGGUUGUUCAAGCAUGAAUGCUGAGCGUUGCCUUCCAGGAGUCUACACCUUUGAUCUUGGUUCCUUAAAGUGGCAGAAAGUUGCAGCCACUGGCAUCGCACCUCAGACUCUCAAUCACAGUUCAGCUGCAGUUGGAGAAAACAUCUAUGUAUAUGGGGGUACACUAUGCGGAAAAGCUGUUGAUGACCUGCAUGUCUUCAACAUGGUGUCCCAAAGCUGGACCCCAGUCAAAACCUCUGGUUCUGCCCCUGGUGCCAGAUCAGGCCAUGCUUUUGCAACGAUCGGAGAAAUCAUCUAUAUGUUUGGAGGCUGUUCCGGCGAAGAUGAAUAUUGCACUGAUCUGUUUGCGCUGGACACAGUAUUGUUAACGUGGCAGAAGUGCGACGUCAAGGGAGAAAAGCCAAUCGGAAGGACGCAGCACACUUUUACAGCGCACCAUGAUAAGGACAUUUAUUUGUUUGGAGGAACUUCCAAGUCUGAAGAUGGGAGUCAAAUACCAAGGAAUGAUAUUAUGAAAUUAAGUUUAGCACGGAUGAAAUGGAAGAUGCCACUCUACGUGGGAAUCCCCCCUGCUUGCAGACGGAACCAUGUGGCGUUUAUUCUUCAUAGCCAUCUUUAUAUCCUUGGCGGCACAAAUGAAAAAGAAUUAAAUGAUCUCAUGGGAAUGAAACUGAUAAAUCCUUCUGACAGACAGCCUAUUAUGAAGGAGAUUCUUUCAGAAAUGGGAAUCCAGGGAAUAAGCAGCAGGUUUACUCCCACCAAAACCCCCAAAGUGAAAUAUGAAUUGACAGAAUCUCCUUUGCUAACUGGAUCCGUUUCUCCACCGCCUCCUGUUCUGACACCUCAGCUGCAGGAUUUACAUUCUGCGCGUAACCAGGCAAUGGACAUGAUUACAAAGGCCUUUACUUUGCUGGACUCCGAGUUUCAAAAGCUCAGCACUGCAAAAGCUGAACUGGUCCAGGAAACGCUGACUUUUCAACGUGAAAAAGAGCAGUUCAACAAACAUUUUAAAAAUCAACAGAAGGAGCUCCAAGAGAUGCUGGAGAAACACAAAGCUCAAAAUGAAGCAUGGCUCCAAGCCAGAGCAGAAGAGAAUGACAAAGAAAGAAAAGAGCUCUACAAACUGAGGGAAGAGAUUCUCAAUGAUCAGGAAAGAUUGAGAGAUGAAGAGCAAAGCGUUUAUCAGCGCAAUCAGCAGCUCCUUUCUAUAAUGCAGCAGUUCAAAGGAAUGUGAAGCGUUUACUGAAUAAAGCCUGGUCACAUGCUCUAGAUCAUAGCAGCUACACAGCGCCACUUGAACAACCGAGCUCUUAUGUAACAAAGAUCCCGUUACCAUACAAACUGAAGUUUGAUCUCGAUAACUUCCCACCCAGCCCCAGGACGAUGGUUCAAUUAAAUUCCCACCCACUUUGGGAAAUAUUCUGA